AUGGAGGCGAACCCGGCGGCCAGUGGGACCGACGGCGUCCGCGAGCGGGGAGGCCCGUCCGGAGCUGGCGGGAGGGAGCAGAACCGAGAGGAGCGGCCUCAGUGCGGGACGAACGGGCUCCCGAAACACUCCUACUGGCUGGAUCUCUGGCUCUUCCUCCUGUUCGACCUGGUGUUGUUCAUCUUCGUGUACCUCUUGCCCUGACUGCUUUGCCGAGACAUCAAGAAUGUGCUUUUCUGGAGUGAAUCCUGAAUACAGACUUACUGAAUGAAGAGGAUUUCCAGCAGCUGAAUUUCAGACCUCUAACCUUGUUCCAAGCCUGUUUUUAAUGCUUGAAUUAAUGAUUGUAGCUAAAUGAUACAUAUAUAAUAUAUAUUUUUAAUAAUGCCUAUAACUUAAGUACUUAAGGGAAAUUCAUGUGGAAUUUACUCAUCCUACAGCAACCAGGCCCCUCCCUAUUAACCAGGCAUCAUUUUAGACACAGUGGUCAGCCACAACAACAACAAAAAAUUCCUCUGUGAAGCUUACUUUCUUGAAUAUUGUUGUUUUAAAAAUAUGCUAUUUUAAAAUGCUUAUUGUCUAUGGUUAGGUAGGUAGCAUUUAUUCAGAAAGGCCAUAGUCCCAAAGUAGCCACUGUAAGUACUUUGGAAACUGUUCCUUUUUGUCCUAAGACUUGGGUAAUUAGAAAUUGGUUACAGUGCUAUUCAGUGUAUGAAAACUGCCUAAGAUAUUUGGGGGGUGGGGUGCGCUUCUAUCUAUAAUUAAGUCAUAAUAUUUGGUAAACUGUUAACUGUUAGUCUUCAAGAUAUUGUUGCAUUUGCCUGGAUAACUUUUUGUAAUAGAAGCAUCUGUAUUAGAACACAGAAUGGCACUGAGUUUACCAGACUGUGUGACCCGAUUUGUACCACAAACUAACUUUCUCUAAUAAAUGUUUAGUUCUGUCUGAACUGAAUUUA